AUGGAGGGCGAAAAAGAAACUUAUAAAGACAUUCUGUCUUCUGAUGAAAACAGUAAACCAAUGGAGGGGGUGUUCCACAGUCACUUAGAGGAGAAGGUUCGACCUUACAUCGAUCUGAUCGACUCUCUGAGGCUGAUUGGGAUUGAAGAGGAUAUGUCUUUACCACGUAUAGCUGUGAUUGGAGAUCAGAGCUCUGGAAAAAGCUCAGUGUUGGAAGCUCUAUCUGGUGUAGCGUUGCCCAGAGGAAGUGGUAUUGUUACCAGGUGUCCGCUGGAGCUGAAGCUGCGGAAGAUUAGGGGUGGUGUUAACUGGCGAGCUGUUAUCUCUUACAAGGAUGAAUUUAUUGAGUUUUAUGAUCCGUCUAAGGUCGAAGGUUACGUUGAGACAGCCCAGAAUGAGUUGGCUGGAGAAGGAGUUGGAAUCUGUGAUGAUCUCAUUACUCUGGAGAUCAUGGCUCCCGACGUGUGUGAUCUCACACUGAUCGAUCUACCCGGGAUUGCCCGAGUUCCUGUAAAGGGUCAACCUGAGGACAUCGGACACCAGAUUAAAAAUCUCAUCCUGAAAUACAUCGAGAAAAAUGAAACGAUCAACUUGGUUGUGGUGCCGUGUAAUGUUGACAUAGCCACAACAGAAGCACUGAAAAUGGCACAGGAAGUGGAUCCUGAAGGGAAGAGAACUCUGGCUAUCCUGACCAAGCCAGACCUUGUGGACAGAGGCACAGAGAAAAACAUCUUGGAUAUUGUCCGGAAUCAGGUCAUUCCUCUAAGCAAAGGAUACAUCAUCGUUAAAUGCCGUGGCCAAAAGCAGAUUGAUGACAGGCUUUCUCUGACUGAAGCAACUCGAGUGGAGAGAGACUUCUUCAGACGUCAUGAGUAUUUCAGUGGCCUGUUGUAUGAGGAUAAAGCAACGGUCCAGUGUCUCGCCUCCAAACUAACUCAAGACCUGGUCGAUCACAUCAAAAGCUUUUAUGUGAAUGUUGCUUCUGGAUGCAGUUUCAAACUCUCUAGUGAAAAGUGGAAGGAACAUCUUGACAGCACAAAAAGUUCAUUCCACCAAACGGUUCAGGAUGUGGUGAAGGAGUACGACCUGAAGCACAGAGGAAGAGAGCUGCCUGGUUUCAGUGACUACAAGGUGUUUGAGAUGGUGGUGCAGAGACUUGUGAGCCAGCUAAAGGGACCAGCUAUUGACACUCUAAAAGUCAUCCGAGAGACGAUUGAAAAUCAAUUUGCUGAAGUGUCCAAUACCUGCUUCCUCAACUACCCUUUCCUCCAGUGUGUCGCCACGAACAAGAUAGACAACAUUCAAUCGAAGCAGGAAGCCAAGGUGGAGCAAAGGAUCAUGGAGCAGUUUGAGAUGGAGCAACUGGUCUACACCCAAGAUGGCAUCUACUUCAAGACCCUGAAUGAAACUCAAACCACUGGAGCUACAGAGGACAACUUUGCCGGGUUUGACAACAGGACCAAGUAUCCAGAAAUGCUGAAGGCGUAUUAUGAGAUUGUCUCGCAGCGUCUGGCUGACCAGGUGCCCAUGCUGAUCCGUUAUUUCAUGCUAAAGGAAUCCGCUCAGCUGCUGUGCAGCGAGAUGUUGGGUUUAAUGGACGGUGCCAAUGUGAACGAAGUCCUGCGUGAAGAGUCCGAUGUCAGCAGACGUCGUGUUGACAUGCAGAACCGCGUGGACCGGCUCACCAUGGGUCAGGAGAAACUCAGCAACUUUGUCUGA